AUGUACUUCCCACUCCUGCUGCUCUCGACACUCCUCUCAACGGCCGUCGCCAUCCCCGUCAGCAACGCUGUUGUGAAGUCAGAUGUCUUCAAGCUCCACGUCACUGAUAACAGCGAUCUAUUACGCUGGGCCCUCAUCAAUUCGAAGCCAUCCAAAGGCUUUCCGAAACAGGCUCUUGUUGAGCUCCAACGCCCAGCUUCGUACGUGAGCAUCGACUCCUACCUGCUGGGCUCGAAGAAGCAGAUCAACGAAGGAAGGGCGCAGUUGCGUUUCAUGAUCAAGGGCGCUUCGUACGGAAUGGUCAUCUUCAAAAGCGCCCCAGGCGAAGUCUCCAAGGUCGCGCUCGUAAAGGGCCAGGGUAGCGCACGAUUUGGUCUCGGUCUGAACAACAAACUCCGGGCCCAUGGCGACAACAACGCGAAUGUUUGGUAUGCGUGCCCGGUCAACGUGAAGGGCACCCUCAUCAACCCGAACUUCGUGCUGUUCUAUGGUGGGACGAAUGCUGAUGAAUACAAUUUGCCGAACGACGACUGCGAGCACAUUGGGCUUCUCGCGAGUUUCUCAUAG